GGUUUCACAACCCCUCCAGCGCACACCCCCAGUGUAACCAGCCUCUCGCCUCUGUGAGAAAGUCUUACUGCAAGAGGCCCCAGGGCAUUAUCAUUUCCCUCUUCCACCCUGUCUAGGUUGCCGGCAAAUCCCAAGGGCCCUCUGGGACUGGAGCCCGGGUCCACAGGUCCCUCCGGCAGCUUGAGAGAUGAAGAAUUCCUGCAUCAUCCUAAUGAGGCUGCUGCUGUUUGGGCCCUUUCUCUUCGCCCCGGCCUCAAGCUACAACCUGGACGUGCUGCACGCACAAAGCUUCUCCUUCCAAGACUCCGGGAGGCAUUUUGGGUAUCGUGUCCUGCAGUUUGGAAACAGGGUUGUCAUAGGAGCUCCAGGUGAGGGGAACAACACGGGAAAUCUCUAUCAGUGCCAGCCAGCCACUGGACGUUGCCUACCAGUCAGACUGAGUGGUUCCAACUAUACUUCCACGUAUUUGGGAAUGACCUUGGCGACGGACCCCACAAAUGGAAGACUUUUGGCCUGUGACCCUGGGCUGUCUCGGGUAUGUGACCAGAAUAUUCAUCUAAGUGGCCAGUGUUACCUCUUCCGUCAGAAUCUGCAGAGCCCUGUGCACCAAGGACGCCCUGGUUAUCAGGAAUGUAUAAAGGGCAAUGUAGACCUGGUAUUUCUGUUUGAUGGCUCAAGGAGCAUGCAGCGAGAUGAAUUUCAGAAAAUUGUAGACUUCAUGAAGGAUGUGAUGAAGAAACUCAGCAACACUUCCUACCAGUUUGCUGCUGUUCAGUUUUCCACAACAUACAAAACGGAAUUUAGUUUCUUGGAUUAUGUUCGACAGAAGGACCCUGAUGUCCUGCUAGCCAAAGUAGAACACAUGGCCCUGCUGACCAACACCAUUGGUGCUAUCAACUAUGUCGCAACAGAGGUGUUCCGACAGGAUAUGGGGGCCAGGCCAGAUGCCACAAAAGUGCUCAUCAUCAUCACAGACGGGGAAGCCUCUGACACUGGCAGCAUUGACGUGGCCAAAGACAUCAUCCGCUACAUCAUUGGGAUUGGGAAGCAUUUUCAGACAAAAGGAAGUCAGGAGGCACUCCACAAAUUUGCCUCAAAACCCAUCAACGAGUUCGUAAAGAUUCUGGACACAUUUGAGAAGCUUAAAGAUCUAUUCACUGAGCUGCAAAAGAAGAUCUACGACAUUGAGGGCACAAGCAAACAGAACCUGACGUCCUUCAACAUGGAGCUGUCCUCCAGCGGGAUCAGUGCUGACCUCAGCGGGGACCAUGUAGUCGUGGGGUCAGUUGGAGCCAAGGACUGGGCUGGGGGCUUUCUAGACCUGAAGGCAGACCUGCAGGAUGACACAUUUGUUGGGAAUGAGCCACUGACACAGGAAGCAAAAGAAGGAUACUUGGGUUACACGCUGACCUGGCUGUCCUCCUUGGGAAACACAUCACUGUUGGCAGCUGGAGCCCCCCGGUACAAGCAUGUGGGGCGGGUGCUUCUGUUCCAAGAGCGAAACGGCAAAGAACUCUGGAGCCAGAUCCAGGAAAUAGACGGGGCCCAGAUUGGCUCUUAUUUUGGUGGGGAGCUUUGUGGCAUUGACGUGGACCAAGACGGGGAGACAGAGCUGCUGCUGAUUGGAGCCCCCCUGUUCUAUGGGAAGCAGAGAGGAGGCCGGGUGUUUGUCUACCAUAGAAAACAGCUGAGGUUCGAAGAGGUCUCAGAACUGCAGGGGGAUUCUGGAUACCCCCUUGGGUGGUUUGGAGCAGCCAUCACUGCCCUGACGGAUAUCAAUGGGGAUGGCCUGAUGGACGUGGCUGUGGGAGCCCCACUGGAGGAGGAGGGGGCUCUGUACAUCUUCAAUGGGCAGCAUGGUGGGCUCAGCCCCCGACCAAGCCAGCGGAUAAAAGGGACCCAGGUGUUCUCAGGAAUUCGGUGGUUUGGACGUUCCAUCCACGGGGUGAAGGACCUUGGAGGGGAUGGCCUGAUAGAUGUGGCUGUGGGAGCUGAGGGUCAAGUGAUCAUACUGAGCUCCCGGCCUGUAGUGGAUGUCAUCACCACGAUGACCUUCUCCCCGGCUGAGAUCCCAGUGCACGAAGUGGAGUGCUCCUACUCAACCAGUAACAGGAAGAAGGAAGGGGUGAACAUCACCAUCUGUUUCUAUGUCAAGCCUGUCCUCCAGUUCCAAGGGCCCCUGGUUGCCAAUCUCACUUACACCCUGCAGCUGGAUGGCCAUCGGACCAGAAGCCGGGGGCUGUUCCCUGGCGGGAGACGUGAGCUCAGUGGGAACACAGUUGUCUCCCCUGUCAGGUCCUGCUUUGAGUUCUGGUUUCAUUUCCCGGUAUGCAUUCAAGACCUCAUCUCUCCCAUCAAUGUCUCCCUAAAUUUCUCUCUUCAGGAGGAAGAAGGGACACCGAGGGACCACAGAAUGUGGCGCAAGGACGUACAGCCCAUCCUGAGACCCAUACCACACUCGGAGACUAAGGAGAUCCCUUUUGAGAAGAACUGCGGCGAGGACAAGAAGUGCGAGGCCAACCUGGAGCUGUCCUUCUCUGAAAGAUCCAGAGUCCUGCAUCUGAUCCCCUCAGCCAGCAUGUCUGUGGAGCUGACACUGAGUAACACGGGAGAAGAUGCCUACUGGGUCCACCUGGGCCUGAGCUUCCCCCGAGGACUCUCCUUCCGCAAAGUGGAGAUGCUCAAGCCCCACAGCCAGAUGCCUGUGAGCUGCGAGGAGCUUCCUAAGGAGUCCAGGCUUCUUUCCAGUGCCCUUUCUUGCAACGUGAGCUCUCCUAUCUUUAAAGUAGGCACCUCGGUUGUUAUCCAGGUGAUGUUUCAUACGCUGCUAAACAGCUCCUGGGGGGACUUUGUCGAGCUGCACGCCAACGUGAGCUGUGACAAUGAGGACUCAGGCCUCCUGGAGGACAACUCGGCCACCACCAGCAUCCCAGUCCUGUACCCCAUCAAUAUCCUCGUCGAGGACCAGAAGAACUCCACACUCUACAUCAAUUUCAAGCCUAAAGGUCCCAAGAUUCAGUAUAUCAAGCACAUCUACCAGGUGAUGAUUCAACCUUCUAUCCAUGACCACGACGUGCCUGCCCUGGAGGCCUUGGUUGGGGUGCCACAGUGUCACAGCAAGGGACCCAUCACAUACACGUGGGUGGUGCAGAUGGAGCCUCCUGUCACCUGCCAUAAUGAGACACUGAAGAGGCUGCCCAGCGACACUGAGCCCUGCCUCCCUGGAGCUGAGUUCCGCUGCCCAGUUGUCUUCAAACAGGAGACGGCCAUCCAAGUAAUUGCAAGAGUCGAGCUCGUGGGAGAGAUUGAGGCCUCCUCUAUGUUCAGGCUCUGCAGCUCCGUCUCCAUCUCCUUCAACAGCAGCAAGCACUUCCACCUCUAUGGCAGCAGUGCCUCCCUGGCCCAGGUCAUCACAAAAGUUGAUGUUGUAUAUGAGAAGGAAAUGCUCCAUGUCUACGUGCUGAGUGGCAUCGGGGGGCUGCUAUUGCUGCUGCUGAUUUUCGUGGCGCUAUACAAGGUUGGCUUUUUCAAACGGAACCUGAAGGAGAAGAUGGAGGCUGUAGGUGCCCCAGACGGAAAUCCUGGAGAAGACUCUGAGAAGCCAGAGUCUGGGGAAGAGGCAGUGGAUCUGGGCUGCCUGGAGCCCCUCCAUGGGAAGGAGGCCCAGGAUGAAGAGUCAAAGACUGAGGCCCAGGACUGACGCACAGAGGGUCUGGGACUGGACUCUGGAUGCCUGAGGCUGGUCUACCUUGACCUGCAUUUCACUGUGUGUCCUCAGGCAAGUCACCGCCCCUCUCUAGGCCUCAGUGUCCCCAUCUCAAACAUGGAGCUGGUUCCCGCCUGCCUGCUUUGCAGGCUCAUGAUGAGGAUAGGCUGAGAGACAGGCCAGGAAGGCUACAGAGGUGAGGCCUUGUAACUGUCAGAUUGUCUUGGCUUCCACAACCACUCCUGGUCUCCUCCCCAGGAGGAGAAAUGUCUGAUUUAAAUUUGGAGAAACUGUAAUCUCAGGACCUAGCGACACUUCUGGCCCCCCCAUGCACCUGUCCUUGGCUGUCCACAGAUGCCUCAGACUCCCACACUGAACUGGCCUGCACCCUCUCUUGCCUGGAGUCCGGUCAGCUUUCCAUUCUUCUGCUAGAGAGUGAAUCUGAUCUGUAUCACUACAUUGUCGUGGCAAACCUCUUGCUCUUUGGCUCAAGCCCACAUUCCUUAAUAAGCCUUCCAAGGCCCUGCAAAGGUGGGCCCCUGUUGCUCUCCUCAGCCUCCUCUAGAAACACUUCUCCCUAAGCUCCAGCUCCACCAGCCUUUCUCAUGUGCCAAGCUCCCUCCUGUCUCACUCCCACAUAGCUCCCUCUGCCUGGAGCACCCCCCACCCCUUUCCUGGCUAGCUCUCACUCACCCUUCAGAUCUCAGCUCCUGCAUCACUUCCUCAGGGCAGCCCCUCCCACUUCAUCUUAGUUGGGUUCCCAUAUUAUACACUCUUUUAACAGCCUGCACUUGUCCUUCAUCACAUGGAUCAUAUUUGAAUUAACUAUUAGAUGAUUUACUUACUCUCUGGCUCUCAGAAUGAACUCCAUGAGGGUAGGGACCUUGUUCUUGUUCACUUUGGGAUUCCUGGUGUUGUCACAGGGCCAAACACAUAGUAGGUGCUUGACACAAUUCCAUCACAUUAAUGAGGGAGCCUGUGGGCAGAUGUAGAAAAGUUUGGAUGGACUAUGGCAGCCACAUCCUUCAAGGCUCAGCCUUCCCCGUCAGCCCGUUGCUCCACAGCCUCUCCUGGGACUCCAACACACCAUAUGCAGUGGCCCCUGUGAGACUGUGAACUCAAGGGUGGGGACACGUCUGUUUGCCUGGAUCCCCAGUGUCGAGUACGGUGCCUGCAUAUAUCUUACCUAAUAAAUGUGAAAUUCUGCCCAGUUGUUGUGAUGUGUUUG